AUGGCGAAAACCAACAUUGUCGAGGGCGUCUUCGGAAUCAACAAGCCCAUUGGCAUGAGCUCCGCUCAGGUCAUUCGAGACUGCCAGAACUACUUCAACCCCUCCGAGCUUUUUGCGCCUCUUCUGAAGCAGGAGAGAGAUACUCGCGAAAAAGAAUCACACUACCAGCAGAAGCGGCGGCGCAAUAUCAAACGACAGCUCCAGGUCAAAAUUGGGCACGGCGGCACUCUGGACCCCUUGGCCACAGGCGUACUGAUCCUCGGCGUGGGGAAAGGCACCAAGUCGCUACAGGGCUUCCUAACCUGCACCAAGACCUACGAGACUGUUGUUCUGUUUGGCGCCAGCACCGACACGUACGACCGCGUGGGCCGCAUCAUUAAGAAAGGAAAGUAUGAUGAUAUCACACGCGCCGCCGUCGAGAAGGUGCUCGAGAGCUUCCGCGGGAAGUAUAAGCAGAUGCCUCCGCUCUACUCGGCACUGAAGAUGGAUGGCAAGCCUCUCUACGAGUACGCGCGGGAGGGGAAGCCGAUCCCUCGGGAAAUUGCCACGAGGGAUGUCGAAGUUACCGAAAUGGAGCUCGUCGAGUGGUACGAGCCGGGGACGCACAACCACCGGUGGCCUGCCGAAGAGGCCGAACAAGCCGAGAAGAACCUAGUUGACUCGGUUUGGCGCGUCGCCAAAAAACAGGCAACCUCGGAAGACGAGCCCGGCAAGCUGACCCUUAAGCAAGAGGAAGAGGAAACAAAGGCGCUAGCCGAAUAUCAGAGUAAUAAGCGCCAGGCUGAGGAGCGCGUCGACGGUCUUGUGCGCGAGGACAGCCAGUUGCCUAAGCGUAGGAAAGUAGAGCAGGCAAAUCAGCCCGAACCCAUGAUGUCCGGCGCGCUCGGUGACCUGCCGCCCGUCAGCAGAGGCUCAAAUCUCGUCCCGCCUCCACCAGCGCCCAACACACCACCGCCAUGGGAGGGUAAGGGCCCCCCGGCAGCCAGGAUUCGCAUGACUGUGACAUCGGGUUUCUAUGUCCGGAGCCUAUGCCACGACCUGGGUGAGAAACUAGGCUGCGGUGCCAUGAUGGCCGAGCUCUCCCGGACUCGGCAAGGAAUAUUUGUUUUGGGGGGCAACAACUGCCUCGAGUACACCGAUCUUACCCUGGGGGAAGCAGUCUGGGCCCCGAAGGUUGGGAGCAUGAUGGACUUGUGGAAUAAUCGGGGUACGGUUACCGUGCCUUCCGCCAGUAAGCCUGCCGAGCCGUCAGCCAAGACCGAGCCUGCCGAGCCUGCACCAGAGCCGGCGAAAGCGGAAAAGGCCGAGGAGAAGCUAGUCGAGGAGAAGAUAGUCGAGGAAAAGCUAGCCUUGAAAGUAGAAAAUGCUGCCGAGGAAGCAGCUUUAGGCGUUGCCUCUGCCUCGGCGGAUGCCGUUGUAGAAAUUCUGCUAGAGGCAGAGGAGCCUCCUAAGGCUGAAGUAGCAUAA